AAAACGAAUUUGUGUACUUGCUUUUAAUUGUAAGAAUGUAAGAAGUGAUAACAGAGGCGGUGUUUCAUUCAUUCUCUUAGUAAAGGAUGCCAAAGGGAAAAGUCAAAAUAGGUUAUCCUAACGAAUCUUUCGUUGGGAAAGGCGCAAUGUUUGCAGACAUAGCAAAAGAGUCUCUACGCAUUCGGAUGCAUGUAAACAGAGUAAACGAACUGGAAGAUGAAAAAUUGAAUAAACUUACAAAACUAAUGAAUCGUGACCAGCGGGUACAGGAGUUUCUGCUUCAGCGAGUUAUGGACCGUACAGAGCGGAAUAUCGAACAGCUUCGCGGGUAUAGGGAAGUCAUUGGGGCGGAUUUUAAGGUCGAUAACUUCCAGACGAUGAAGCAUGGCUUCAAAAAGAGGCUGGUAGAAUCCCCUCGAGCAGCAAGACAUAUUUCACUGGAAACCAAAAUAUAUAACGGAGGAUAUCAACCCGCAUACUUCAAACACGAGAUCCAGAGGAAGAUUCGUCAGGCGGAUCCAAAUGUUGUUCACAGAGUAUUGAAGAAAAUCCUGAAAGAACAGUGUCAGGAAGAAUCCGGAAAAGUUCUGGACCGGAAGUUGUCUGAUAUGUCGUAUUAUCGAACGCUGAGAGAAAAACAACAGAAAGGUCAGUUUCACUUCAGACCUCAAGUCCGUCAUCUGGUUCCUGUCUCCAAAAUCAACAAUAAACCUUACAGCCAAAACCACCGACUGCAGAACUUUCCCAUAAUACACUGAACAGUCUCAAAAUAUAUUUACUUUCUCGUGAACAUUCCUCAAUGCAUAGAAAAUAUACACGUUAUUUUGUUACUACAAGGGUCAUGCGUAUUGAUAUUUGUGAUUUUGGUUCUACCCAUAUGACUAAUGAUACACUCAUUGAUGGCUUAUCUGAAGUUCUCUUUUCUAUUUGACAACAUGUUAAGAAUGCUUUAAUUAAUUAGAUGUGUCAAAAUUGUUAGUUUCUUCUAGACCAUAUUUUGCAGGUGGUAAUAUAGUUCCCUGUUUAAAAUAUUAUUUGACUCUGAAUUAAGGUACCAUAAAGAUAUGUAUGACUAUACUGUACACAAAUUCUGUUCCAAUAAGGAGUCCUAUAGAAGAACGACCUUGUCAGUAAAUACAAUUUACCACUGAGUCAAAAUGAUGACUGAUAUUUUUCAUACUAAUUGUGAUGUGAGUCCAUUGUUUACACACGGAAGAGGGAUUUUCCGUUGUUUCCCGUUCAUGACAAAGAGAGCAGGGCACGUGUGACCGGUCGGCGGGGUAUGCUCACUUCUCCAUGGCACCUGAUCCCACCUCUGUUGUUUGGAGGUCCUUGUUUGCUCUGCUCCUAUUUUUUAUUGUUUCUUGAACUUUUUACCUUGAAUGUUAUUCGUUAUCUCCAUAUAUUUCAUGUAUACGUUGAUUUAUUA